GCGUUUACUAUUGGAUUACGACCGACGAUGUUGGCCGAGAUGAACUUUGAUUGUGACCCAUGUCGUUUUGACUAUUUUGAUGGCGAUUUGGCCGUUGGCGCUGGCGAUGGCUCAAUUUUGCUUUGGGCAAACGAUUCAUCGCUUUGGGAAGGUUGA